AUGUCGAAAAUUAUGAUGACAAUGGCUAUGUUUGGAAAUCUAAUAGUAUUCCUCUUAUGUUCCCCUUCAGUGGCUAUAUUAAUAAACAGGCUACCACUACCGUCACCAUUGACAGGCCCAGAGUCAAUCGCGUUUGACAGAAACGGCGGAGGGCCUUAUGUUGGUGUUUCUGAUGGAAGAAUUCUCAAAUAUGUAGGUCCAAACCAAGGUUUCCAGGAAUAUGCUUACACUUCGCCAAACAGGAACAAGACAAUUUGUGAUGGGCUUGCUGACUUCUCAACACUUCAAGCAUCUUGUGGGAGGCCUUUAGGAUUGCGGUUUAAUCAUCAGACAGGCGAGUUGUAUGCAGCCGAUGCAUAUUUUGGGCUCACCAAGAUUGGGCCAAAUGGAGGACCCCCAACCCAAUUCCUUUAUGGACCAGGCUAUCCUGCGUUUAAGUUUCUUGAUGGCUUGGAUGUAGAUAUCAACAAUGGAGUAAUUUAUUUUACUGAAGCUAGUGCUAAUUACCAGAUCAAAGAUUUCUAUGCAUUGGUAAGCAGCAGAGAUAGUUCUGGAAGCCUAUAUUCAUUUGAUCCAACCACCAACCAAACGAGAGCGUUGAUGAGGGGACUUGCUUUACCAAGUGGGGUAGCAGUAAGCAGAGACGGGUCAUUUGUCCUAGUCAGUGAAUUCUUGGCAAAUAGAAUCCAGAGAUUCUGGCUGAGGGGGCCAAAAACAAAUUCAUCUGAGAUAUUCUUGCAACUUUUGGGUAGCCCAGAUAACAUUAUGAGAAAUCCAAAUGGUCAAUUUUGGGUGGCAAUGAACAGGUUUAUAGGACCACGUCCACCUGCAAGGCCUACCAUUGUGCCUUCAGGGCUCAGAAUCAAUGAGAAUGGUAUGAUUUUACGAAGUGUGAUUCUUGCUCAGGAGUUUGGGAGUGAGGAGGUUAGUGAGGUUCAUGAGUCUAACGGGACACUCUAUUGUGGCUCCUUGCGUGCUCCCUUUGUUACCAUUUCAACUAUAGUUUAG